AUUUUGCUUUGACGCACCUGCAUGUCCUGCUGCUAUAAUCUCGAGUCGUUCUCAAUGCACGCACCGGUGUUGACUGUCCGGAGUGACGGCUACCACCUCGCUCUCUUCCGAUUGGUGCUGAACCAGCCGGGCCGCAGCGGUGCCAGCCCAUCGUCAACGCCCGCCUGGCAGCAGCAGCCGCAGCGGGGCGGGCGGCCGCCGCGGCCUCCAGUGCUGCUGCACCACGGCUUCCCGCUCAGCGCCAAUGCCUGGCUGGCGCUGCCGCGGGAGGAGGGCCUGCCCUACCUGCUGGCGGACCGAGGGUACGACGUGUGGAUCCUGUCUGAGCGCGGCUCCACCCACAGCCUCUCACACGACAGCCUGUCGCCCAACUCCAAGGAGUUCUGGAGGUACACCGCUGACGACAUGGCGCUGCACGACCUGCCCGCACUGGCCGACCACGUGCGUGCGGCCACCGGAGCCCCCCGCAUCGCCACCCUGUCCUGGUCCGCGGGCGGGACUAUGACCUUCAUGUACGGCUCAGAGGCGCCGGCGGCCGCUGCCGAGCGCUUCUGCGCGCACGUGGCGCUGGCGCCGGUGGUGUUCCCGCAGCGCCUCCGCACACCCCUAUUCGCAGGACUGUCAGGCAGCGGCGCCGACAAGGCGCUGGACCACCUAGACGCGCUGCGCUUUCCGGGCGCCUUCGCCCAGGCCGUACUGGGGCCGCUGUGCGGCGGCGGCGCGCAGCCAGGCCCCGACGCACCGCUGCCGCCCUGGGGCCAGCUGCUGCUGCCGUACGCGCGGCGUGGCGGGCCUGCUGGCCUCGGGAGCGGCGGGAGCGGCGGCGGCGGCGGCGUUGAUGGACGGGGAGAUGGAGGCGGCGGGCGGCCGGCGGCGUGUGCGGCGGCGCUUCUGGCGGCGUAUGGGCCCGUGGGCAGGGCGUCCGUGGCCGGCGUGGAGCACAUUGCAGAGGUGGCGUGGCCCUCCACCUUCGGACUGGAGUACGCUAGCCAAUUCGGACAGCGGACGGCGUCGCUGCUAGGUGUCACCCCCGUUCAGCUGGCGUGCGCUCGCGCAGUCGCGGACUUCGAGCCGUGGCUGCUGCACUUUGCAGAGCUGGGCCUGCCCCGCAAGGGCUCGGAGGGCGUGGACGUCACGCACCCCAUUCUAGCGGUGGCGGAUGGGGAGCUGAUUUGCGCGCUGCCGCAAAUGUACCGCCGCGGCCCACACGACCCGAUGCUGCUCAAGUACAACUACGGCGUGGUGUGCGCCCCCUGGCACGCCCGCGGCGGCGACGGGUCGUGCAACCAGGCCGAGUACGGCAGCGCCACCACGCCGCAGUACAACGUGUCUCGCUACAGCAUCCCGACAACCAUCUUCACUGGCGGGCUGGACGCAGUGAGUGUCCCGUGGGACAGCGAAAACGUGGCGGCGGCGUUAAAGGCGGCGGCGGCUGCACCGGGUGGCGGUGGCGGUGGCGGCGCUCUGCGGCGGCUGGUGCACCUGCCCUCGUACGGCCACGUGGACUUGGUGUGGUACGACGCUCGUCCUAUCCUGGAUGACGUGCUGAGGGCCCUCCAAGAGACCUGCUGAUGAGGGCUCCGGGCCACCCACGGCCACGGGCUGCGGAGACGUGUGGACGAGGGCUGGGCGUGCGUGGGAGCUGCACGAGUGACCGCGGGGCACCAGGCGGGCCCCUGUGCGGAAGAAGAGUUUCUGCUAUGUGCUGUCGUCACGGAGCUACGAGGGUGCGGGUAUGCACUAUGCAGGGCCCGGACGCAAGAUCGGGGGCUGCGCGUGUGCCGGGCAAACAACGGCUGGCUGUGUGCCUGGCAUGCUGGGGCGGGUUUGGCCGUGACACAUGAGUUGGGCCCCAGCUGCUCGGCACCUGGCGAGCAGGCGUGUCCAGGCACGGGCCCCUGCACUCGACAUGGUGUGAUGGUGGGGUUACCAUAUGUGGCGGCGGCGCCGAGCCGGACCCUUUUGGGCUAGGGAGGUCUGCUGGCAUGCACGGAGUGAGCUGGGAGCACGGGGUGCGUAAAAGCGCAUUAGGAGCCUCGGGAGAGCUAAUGUGGAGCACCUGGAGAUAUAGCGGCAGGUUAGGGGGAAGUCACCGGUACCGCAUUUGUUUUAGGCGGUCCUGGAGUUCUGGGCUUAGAGAG